AUGGAUCUCAGAGUCACCCUCGUCAAGGGCAUCGCAUCCGGCAUCGGUCUAGCUUCGGAGAGCAUAUCGGCCUAUAAAGCCAGCAGAGAAGAGAAAAAGGCGCAAGCAGCAGACUCGGACAAUGCGGUCAGAGAAGCGACUACGGAGGACACCGGAGUCGAACAUCUUAUCAAUGAACAGCACGAGGAGGAAUGGGUUCUUGACGAGGCACAAGAUGAACUAGCUGGGGAUGAACAUCGCGCUUAUUCAGAGCCUGCCAGCGGUGAUAUCGAGGGUCUAGCAGUUUCGUUCCUCCAAAAUUAUCCCGCUCCACCUCCUUACGCACCCUCGCCGGGCUCGCCCAGACUGUCUUGUCCUGUGGUGCUGUCUCAGCGACGGCCAAAGUCUCGCAAGAGAGGCUUUAUUCGAGCCUAUGCUCCCGUCCUGGAGGACUUUGGUAUCGACAAGACCAUGUUUCUUGAGUUUUUGGAGACAUCGAACCGAGCGUGUCAGGCGACUCCGUGGUUGCAGGCUAUCAAUCUGGCAUCUAUUGGUACUAUGUUCAUUCCUGAGGCUAUUUCAAUAGCUGUUUCUAUUCUGAUACAAUUGGCGACUGAUGUGGCGAUGGCUGUUGAUGGUAGGAGAAGGACGAACAAAUUCUUUGACAAGAUCAAUGACGAAUUUUUCCGCCCCCGUGGUCUCUUCUGUUUGGUUAUGACAUGGAAACCAGGGUCUGACUCACCCUAUGCUACCUUCGAUAUGAACUCCACGAUCUCCGCGGCCAUCGAGCAUGGUGGAGCAGGACUAAUGAACAGGGUCCGACAUAAACUCAAGUCAUCGGAUGCUAAGACGCACGGCACUUUGCCCUUCUCGGAGUGUGCACCUCUUAUCUUUCCCGACCUUGACGAGCUAGCAGAACACCGGGGAGACAACCAGUCGAAACUCAAGGGUGCGAAAAGAAGAAAGGAGUUCGUCUCGGAUUACUGGGACCGAAGGUCACAAGCCAAGUUCAUGAUGAAGAAUCCAGAUAGCGCUUUGAGCCAGGGUCACAAGCCAACAUUCACCUCCCGUUAUGCCGACCCUAGCCACCCUGCGAGCAGCGGCUCCUUGGUCGGUCUACUCACGGGUGGAUAUAUGACUGGUGAGAGGUUGGUGCAACUUCGAAGCGGCAUAAGUGGAACCGAUGGUAGAAGAGGUCUCAGCAGGCAGUCGAUUGAAACGCCACCAUUGUCCCUUGGUGGACUGGCGGCUGGUAUUCGUGCAGCCAGGUUUGGUCGAUCGCCGGCAGAAGAUCCGCAAGGGCGAAGUGUGAUGCAAGGCGAAGAGGGCUAUCCACAGCCAGUUACUGAAGCUUCGACUGGUGGCCAAAGCGUUCCCGGUCGUGGGCGGGGAAUCAGAGACCUUCGCCAGGCAGGAUCUAUAGGCGUGCAGACGAAGCAUAGCGUCCCAUACUUCGUCACCCACGCCAUCAGAAUAGCCCAUCCAGAGGCAAAUUUUACCAACGCCCAUAAAAUUGCAACUAUAACGGAAGGUUAUCCAUCCGAGUUCACGUCUAGGCCCGCCUAUUCUUGA